AUGAAAGAGCGGAUUAAGCUCGAUAACCUCCAAUUUCGAAUUUGGAUAUUCCUCGAUACAAUGACAAACAAGAAUCCACCAUUUUGGUUCAACCAACCAAACAAUUCUCUGAUAUGCAACAAACUGCCUUUGAUUUUAAGGCCCAAUCAAAUGUUUGCCAUCAGCCAUGUAAGUUACUCAAGGAACACAAUGAGGUGCUUACAGGGAUCUUUGACAACAAGUAGCAAGUGGGAUCGGUUGAACGCUGUCAUACACGUCUUGCAAGUUUACUUGAACCGUGCAAUAAUUUACCAAGGCAACAACAGGUGGGAUAUCGGAGGAUUCACUGGUCAUAGGGCUGAGGUAUGUUACCCUGUACAGGAGGCCGGCUUAGGGGUGCGUUCUUUUUCUAACGUAGUCGAGGCCGGUGAGGUGAAGCUUUGA